AUGAGCCAGCUUUCGCAUCGUGUGGCCCCUCGUCAAGCGAAUGGCACACCGCCAUGCGUUAAUAUCUAUUGCCACGAGCCGACAAGUGAAUCCACUCCUGAGCAACCAGCAUCAAUCAGGCGACAUCGUUUCGCAUCAGGGAUUUUAUUUGAUUCAACUUACUUGUUUACAGCUCCUGAGCAACCAGCAUCAAUCAGGCGACAUCGUUUCGCAUCAGGUCUUCGUGGUCUGAUGGGUCGGCCGCGAUCUGAAAGCCUUAGUGGGCAGUUACUGAGAAAAUCAACCAAGCUCAAGAAAGUACAGGUGAAUGGCUGCAAUUUGACGUCGGUUUACGAUUUACGUGAGUGUGAAGAGGGAUCGUCCGAUUUCUACGACGAUGAUUGGGCUUUCCGAAGACCGCGGAGUAAUAGUUCGGACUUCCUAAUUCUCCGAAAAACAUCUCGUCCUUUGUCAGUAGACGUCGUUGGUCUUGUAGAAUCGCAGUCCGAUCCAUAUCGGCAGUAUAUGAGAGUAGUGGACUGCUAUGAACUCUCACCUCAAGCCGGAAAUGUUAUAGCUCUUGAUAAAUCCAUAAAGGUGGACAGAGCAUUUUCGGCCCUUUGUGAGCAAAACGUCCGUGCUGGCUUGGUAUGGGAUGGCUCACUAGGAAGGAUCACAUCGAUCGUAACUUUGACCGACUUUUUGACGUAUAUGCGUGAAGACGCGUCACAGUCUAAACGUUCACAAAGCGAAAUCUGUGACCUCAUAUCCGACACCCCGCUGGUUACCGUCUUUGCGGAUAUGAAAGUGAUCGAAGCGUGUGAACAAUUUUGUCUGCAUCGCGUACAUCGUAUCAUCGUACGGGAACCCCAAUCAGGGGACAUUCUUUAUCUUUUGACAAUAAAACGGGUACUACAAGCUAUACAUAAACAGAAUCGUUCACUGCAUUUUGCUCAGUGGUUGAGUAGUCCAAUUAAGGAUUCCGGUGUGGGUACUUGGGAAGGCAAAAUACAUUCGGUUUCAUUGGAUGAUUGUUUGAAUGAUGUGCUGGAAAAAAUGUUGAGCCAUCGUUUAUCAUCUGUCCCAGUCAUCAAUUCAAAUGGUCACGCAGUUGAUGUUGUAACAAAAUCCGAUUUGGCUAUGGCUUUGAUGGAGGUGAACGCUCAUCAUACGUUCUUCUCCGACACCACGGUUUCGACAGUGCUUGGUCGCCGUCCAGCAGCGGUAUUUGUUCGGCCCAACGAUCCUGUCGGCAAAGUUCUCGAUGCCCUCCUAGAAGCCCAACGAAUGCGCUGCGUCUUCGUCGUUGACGACCACAAAACGCCUAUCGCAUGUGUCUCACAAUCGGACGUCAUCUCCCAUCUGAUCUACGAUGAAAGGCCAUUCCAGAAGCCGAAGUCUCCAGCAACAAAUUCACAAUGUUAG